CAACAUUUGUUCAAUUUUUUAAUAGGAAAAUGCUAAGUUUGAACAAUUUCGAGACGAAGGGAUUGAGCCUGAGCUUGAAUACAAAAUGGAUCAAAUCUUUGCUACUUCAGCCCAAGGAAAUCUAAAGUACAUUCCAGGAAAUAUCAUCUCAGAAGAAGAUUUGCACGUGGAUGCUGAUGAUGUUUAUAUUCCUUCCCUACCUACUGAUAUUCAUCAUGAUAUGGGUGCUAGAGAGGAAGAGAAUAACAACGGUGUACACGGUACAACUAAUGCAUCAUGGGAUGAUUUGUGGUGUGAGCUUAGCCCUACAUCUUCAUCUCCUUCCACGCAUAUCCCUCAGAUCUCACAAAUUGGAAGAGAUGAUAUAAGGAAAGGUAAGAGGGCACUUGAAGGUGAUUCAUCACAAAGCAGUAAAAGUGCCAAAACAAAUCAAACAAUAAAAACAGGGAUGGCGGCAUUUCAAGAAAGGAUCCUAAGGGUAACAAUAAAAAAAUGAGGUUGAUAAAAAAUAUGGAGUUGAAGACCCUCUUUACUCUUAUAUUUUUUGGGAUAUAUUUUUUGUGUUGUUGUAAAAACACACGUGGAUGUUGGUGUUGAUACUCUUGUCAUUUUAAGGACUUCUUAGGCUGGAUUUGGUUUACUCGAGACGAGUAAAGGUUCAAGUGUGGGGGUGUUUGAUAUGCACUAAUUAGUAGUGCAUAAGUGUAUGUUUUUAUGUUUGAUUUGUGUGUAUAGUUUAUCGUUUUAUUUAGUUUGUAAACAUUUGUGUGAUUUUAGUUGUAAUUGUAUUUUAAUCUUCAUUUAUAAGUUGUAAAGUAGAUUUAGGAUUUAUGGUGUUGGAAAAGAGGACUUUGAAGAGAAUAAAACAAGAAAUUUGACUGCCGGGAGCAAAACCCGACCGGGUAGAAAUCCUCACCCGGUCGGGUAAGAUUUAACAACCGAAGAAGCAAGGAAAGUGCCAGACCCGGUCGGGUCCCCUAUGCCACCCAGUCGGGUCCGACUUGACCCGGAACACCAGAACGUGUCGAAGAUCACCAGAACGUGGAGGAUAUCUGAUUUUGACCGGACCCGGUCGGGUAGGC